GUAUCGCCCUUGUAUGUAAAGCUUCCCUGAGCGAUACUAAACUAAAUUUGUAGGGAGGAGGCAUCUCAGUCUGUCCGUUCUGACACAGGAUAAGCCACCAAAACCAGUGUUGCUUAGACACUGCUAAGUGCAGCAUGCUAUACCUUGCACAUAAAAGAGUCCAGCAGGGCCUGAUAAGGGUCCACAAGAGCUUAAUUCCGAAACAACGAAACUUGUUCCCAACAAGACUCACUGAUAUUCUUCAACAAUUUAAGAAACUGGGGUGUGAUAAUUAACUAGGAGCUGAACCAAAAACUGCUUAAAGAGCAGGUUGACCAUCCUGACUGACACAAGGUGUGGAAGUACCUGUGGAAGAUGCACCUGUACCGACCCAAGGUUCCUGUUUGUGUGGCGAUGGCAUGUAGUGGGGUGGCCUUGUCGUUCCAGCUCGCGGCGGUGAUUGGAACCGGGUGGCUGGUGUGGAGUUUCACUAUGAACAGGUAUACAAUAGGAAAAGGAUUGUUCCGUUAUUGUGUUGAGUUCACUGACACUUGUUCUACAUAUGAUAAACCUGAAGACUGGAUUAAAGCUUGUCAGGCUUUCUCCAUGUUGGCACUGGGGGCUAUGUUCGGCAGUUUUGUUGUCGGAAUUCUGCACAUUCUGAGAGAAGAUGCGCAGGGGCUGACACUUCUUGCUGCUGGUGUGAACGUGGUCGCAGCCGUUAACGUUGCAGUGGAAGUGGGUGUGUACGCUGCUGAGAAUAAUGACCUCAUCAUGAAUAGUAUGAUGAUAACAAUUUCAUACGGGUACUGUUUCUACCUGUCGAUCGCUGCUGGUGCGUUGAGUGUCGUCGCCGCCAUCCUUUACGUCGUCGGAAGAGUCCCAGUCCGUCAGUGAGUUAACGACUCUCUCCAUGGUAUCAGAUGCAGGCUGAAAACUGUGAUCGAAGUGUUUUUGUGUUGAUAAACAUUGCUUGAUGUUCCUCCCAACCCUAUGUUUUCUUACUAAAACAAUAAAUACUUAUAUCACUUAGUAAAAUAUCU